UGAUAAUGCUAAUGCUAAUGCUAUUGUUAUCCUGUAGUGGUGGUCGUCCUUUUUUCUGUCUUCUUGGUUUCCCUCAUAAAACGCAUAAAAACACAUAAAAAGAUGGUGAGUUGCGUGCGCUCGUAAUCAAUUAAAGAGACGGUUUUUGCUGACAAAACUUCUUAAAACCCCUGCUCUUUUACACUUCCUCUUUCUUCUCACCUAUUCAUCUUUGACUACGCAGUUUUCGCGAAUACUAUUUUGCAGGCAUAGCAUGUCCGACCAGCAGUUAGGCGAAUUUGAUUACAUGGCGGAAGAGGGAGAAAUGGCUGAUUUGGUAGACCAAAUGGACCAAGAUAACUAUGGUGGUGAAGGCAAUGUAGAAAUUGAAGCAGAUGAAUAUGACAUGAGUGAAUUCUUUGAUUUGAGACAGCUCACGAAGGUGACUGAUACAUCUUCUGCUCAAGCGAGGAAGGGCAAAGACAUACAGGGUAUUCCGUGGGAAAGAUUGAACAUAACGAGGGAUAAGUACAGAUUGACAAGGCUUGAACAAUACAAGAAUUAUGAGAACAUCCCUUUGUCUGGUCAAGCUGUAGAUAAGGAGUGCAAGCAAAUGGAGAAGGGUGGCAACUACUAUGAAUUCUUUCAUAAUACUAGACUGGUUAAACCCACCAUUCUUCAUUUUCAGCUCAGAAACUUGGUUUGGGCUACCUCGAAACAUGAUGUUUAUCUUAUGUCUAAUUAUUCAGUCAUGCACUGGUCAUCUUUAUCUUCCAAUUUGUCUGAGGUCAUCAAUUUUGCAGGACAUAUAGCACCUACUGAGAAACAUGCUGGAAGUUUGCUGGAAGGUUUCACACAAACUCAAAUUGGCACAUUAGCAGUCAAGGAUAAUUUUCUUGUUGCUGGUGGUUUCCAAGGAGAGCUUACUUGCAAACGUUUAGACAAAAAAGGCAUUAGCUUUUGUACCCGCACCACAUAUGAUGAUAAUGCCAUCACAAAUGCUGUUGAGAUAUAUGACAGCUGGAGGGGUGGAAUUCAUUUUAUGGCUUCCAACAAUGAUUGCAGCAUAAGAGAAUAUGACAUGGAGAGGUUUCAGCUUCUGAAUCACUUCCGCUUCUCUUGGCCAGUUAAUCAUACAUCAUUAAGCCCUAACCGUAGGCUAAUUGCUGUCGUUGGAGAUCACCUGGAUGGUUUGCUUGUUGAUGCACAUAAUGGAAAGGUCAUAGCCUCAGUUGGAGGUCAUCUGGAUUACUCUUUUGCAUCUGCGUGGCACCCAGAUGGACAUGUUUUCGCUACAGGUAAUCAGGAUAAAACUUGCCGGGUAUGGGAUAUAAGAAAUUUGUCCUCGCCACUUGUAAUUCUAAAGGGAAACUUGGGUGCUGUCCGAUCUAUUCGCUUUUCAUCAGAUGGCCAGUUCAUGGUCGUGGCUGAACCUGCAGAUUUUGUUCAUGUGUAUAGCACCAAGGCAGACUAUAAAAGGCGACAAGAGAUAGAUUUCUUUGGUGAGAUUUCAGGAGUGGCUUUAAGUCCAGAUGACGAGUCUUUAUACAUAGGAAUCUGGGACCGGACUUAUGCAAGCUUGCUACAGUAUAACAAAAGGCAUGCAUAUGGAUAUCUUGAUUCAUACUUGUGAUUGUUUAUUAGAGAAUUUUCAUCACAAGUAUGCCGCUGAUGCUUUCACUCUUUUGUAUCCGGUUCUAUGAACUAGUUAGUUUGAGUUUGAAUCAAAGACAAUUACACAAUAAGGUUAAUGUGACAUACUUUUGCUCGGAUCAUGUACAGGCUAUGAUUAGAUGUUUGCAUACUUGAAAUGAAAGCCCUCUUAUCAA